CAUUCAUUGAGUGAUGCGUAUGCACUAGGUGAUUAAGCUAGGUAGGUGUGUACGUGUGUGUGUUUGGACGUUCGUACGUCUGCACGGAUGCGCAUCGGCCAUGCAGAAAAGACUCACUCACUCACUCGCAGCAAGGAAGGCAUCAACCAACCCACGUGGCAGCCAAAUAACAGUCAUGAAAAGAGCACGCACCACGCACCGGUACCACGCACACCCGUGCACACGAACGAAUGAAUGAAAAUGACACGGUAGGUACCCCAGUCAGUCAGUGGUCACAUCGGCUCUCGCAUUAUGUAUGGAUCAAGGAAGGGAGUCAGGCACGCACAUGUACGUGUGGAUGUAUGGAUGUGAGAAUAAAUAGCCUCAUGCACCGGUGCAUCGGUCAUGGAAGGAUCGAAUCGAAGGAGGGGAGUGAUCAUGGUUGGUCGGGGCCGGUAUUCACAGGCAGGUAUUCAGGGGCUGGCGUGAAAGUGAGUUAGUCAGUAGUUAUGCUGGCCAGCCAACUCCAGACGGACGAGAAGUAAGUGUACGGGCGCAGGACAGCAUCACCACGCAGAGUGGACAGCAGGGAAGGCAUGAAGGGAAGGAGAGACAGACGAGUCAGCAAGUGUGUCAAAACCGCGUCAUGGCCUUUUGGGUCAGCUGAGGUAGCUGAGCCGCACCAUGGUAAGUAAUUAUACUGGGCUGCUCCAUCGGGGCUCACUUAAAACAGCAGACAGCCAAGCCACGAAGACAGACAGACAGCCAGGCGGCUUAACUGAGACAGAAAGGCUUGCACGAAAGAAGCGUCCAUGGAUCACAUCACAUCACAACUACCCAAAAGCGUCUCGAAAAGAGUGAGAGGCAAAGAGGGAGGAAGGCAGUAUCGACAGACACCGUGGCAGGCCGCCAGUCACGCUGUAGGUACCGACGUGUAGAUAAAAGCAACCAGAAAUGUACACACACCAACCAACCAACAAAACAGACCGACCGACCGACCGACCGACAGACAGACAUGUACGCAUGCAUGUACGCAUGUAUGUAUCUGUGUACCCUAUGAAAUGUCCAUCCCUCCAUCCCUCCAUCCAUCCAGGAAGGAAGGAAGGCACCCCCACCCAGCAGCGGAUCUCUACACCAUGCUCAACACCGCACCAUACAACACAACAUAACACAUUACAUACCAUCAAUCUAUCCCCUGUACUACUUCAAUCAACCACCCAACCAACCAGCCAACCAGGUGCCGGCGUGUGCACGUGUAUGGGAAUGUGCAUCAAUCGAGCGGCUAGUCAGCCAGCGCUCCAACCAUCCAAAAGCAACAACUGAUGCACUCACUGGCCCGCUGGACUUGCAUCUGUAGGUAGCUGGUCGGUCGGCAGCUCACAGCAGGGUGAUGCCACCUGAGGUACCAUAGGCACACAUUCGAAGAUGGUGGGUGGGCGACACACACAUGCACUGCAUGUAUGUAUCUCUCUCUCUCUCUCUCUGUGUGUGUGUGUGUGUGGAUGACUUACCAACCAUCCAGUUCAUGAACUCGCGCUCAGACAGAGCGUCCUUCCUGCAGACAAACGGGGAACACCGCGCAAUUGUUCUUCUGGUUUGGUGUGGGUGUGUGUGGAUGUUUGCCUACUGCUCGUCCUCCAGUGCGUUGUAGAUGACGGCCAAAUCCUGAUGGACACACACAAACAGCGCAACACGGAAAUAUCAGUCCAUUUGCCUCAGUAUACUUCGUGUGUGGCUGCCUGACCGAUAGCGGGUAUUGCGUGCGGCCCUGGGUGUGGUCGGCGCACAUGCGGUUAAACUCAUCUGCACAACGCAGGCACACACAGACGAGCCAGCCGUAUGGGCAUGGUAUGGUCGCAUGUACGCGCCUUCCUUGGGUGUGCUGGUCCCUUACCCAUCCUCAUGCCGAUGUGUGGGGUGGCGAUGGCGUACUUGCGGAACGUCUCGGGGAAGUUACCUGUGCGGCAAGAAAGAGCAACAACAGCAUUGCUGUAGACCUCUUUCAGCCGCUGUCUGUGUGCGUGUGCGUGUUACCUUUGGACACGGCCUGAAUGGCCCUCUGCACAUCUCGCAAACGCAUACUCUUGGCAACGCUCUGACAGGAUGGCAUACCCACCACACACAUACAUCAGGGUCAUGAUACAUGUGGUCGCCUGCCGAGUGAUGUGUGUGCCUACAAUCAUGAAUCCGAUGAUGGCUGCGGCGACGACCACAAACGACACGACAAUGGCGAUGAACAGCAGCAGAUCCUCAGUGGAGAUCUUGCUCGACGUCGGCCACAGAGAGCACGCCGUCAUCGUACCUGCAGUCAGAGAAAGCACACACACAUCCACACAACACACCACACACCUCGAUCUUGUGGUUGUGUUGUGGCACAGGUGGUUGGCUGUCUGUGUACCGACCGUACCGAGGAAGAGCAGCCAGGCGGACGUGCCCGAGAUGCGUGUGAGUAUUCGGAUGUACUUGCGGAUCCACUGGCGGUACUUGAGGGUCCAGCGGGGGUUGCCGGGGAUGUCCAACACGAAGAUGAUCAAACCAAAGAUACUGACACCAUGACCAAUAUACGGUGGCACACACAACACACACAACACACACACACAGAGAGGGCGCCAACCAUGAGCCUCCCGUCACCCAUCCCCGCGUGAGUGUGUCGGCUUACAACAGGAAGAUCUCAUCGACGAGUGCGGCCAGUUCGAAGGUGCCGAAAGCUCCGAGUGCGCCGACGAUGGCCCCGAACAUGACGCCCAGCGACGAGACGAAGAAGAGGAUCUGCCAGCUCAGCCCCACCCUCUCCAGCGCGCCCUCCACCUUCACACCACCCGCCGCCACGUUCAUCCAAGCGGCGUUCGUGCCGCCACGACCUGAUCGGCCCGUCGACGCCAUCGUCUGGUUCAGCAGCCCCUGCUGCUCUGCACACGCACACGCAUCACCGCCACACACACAGGAUGAGAGAUGCGUGCUUGCGUGUGGCGUGCAGGGCAUGAGACGCCCUUCUGGCGGCCUCUCUGGCCUGUACUGCAUCGCUCCUUGCGCACCCUGCAUCCCUCCUCGCUCAGCUACCCUCUCUCGUGUCUGCAUCUUUCUGCCCAGCGCCUGCCUGCCCUCUGGCGUGUUGUGUGUUGUUACCGGGCGGCGGCAGGCCGCCAGGGGAGCCCUGUGUGACGGGCGUGCCGCCCAUGGGCGACUGUUGGUAGGUGGGCUGCAUCGAUGGAUCGAUUUCAGAGCCGACCGACCCAGCACUGUCACGUAUCAGCUACACCACACUCGCGCGAGGAGGGAAAAUCGUUUCUUUGGUCAGAU